AUGGCAAGACGGGUAAUAACACGAAUUGUGGGUUUGUUGUUGUAUUUUGUGGCUCAAAGUGAGGAAAAAUGCAUAGUUGUAGAGAAAAAUAGUCUGUGUGAUUGCUUACAAGACUUGUACAGUAAUGUUACUUUACAAGACAGGGUAAUAGUUAAUGGAAAUUGCGGCCUUGAACCAUUCAUAGUCUUACCAAAUGAAAGAGUAAAGGAUAUCAAGUUUCUAACGAUAAAUCGAGCUAUAAAUAACUUAACCAAUCAUGAGUUUAAAAAUUUUAUUCACUUGGAACAACUCAGUUUAUAUUACAAUGAAUUAGAGGCAAUACAUGUGGGAUUAUUUCAAAACCAAAAUUUGGUAUGGUUACAAAUUAAGCACUCUGGUGUCAAAACUAUCGAAAAUGAAGCUUUCGCCCACUUGCCAAAAUUGAACAAACUACGAAUCACGCAAACUAAAUUGACCAAAAUAACCAAAAAUGUCUUUAAUAAUUUGCCAAUUGAGACACUUUCUUUGUCCCAAAACCAGAUUACAACAAUCGAAAAAUUCGCUUUUGCCAACAUGACAAAUUUGAAAAAACUAUUCUUGGAUGGUAACAACCUAACAGUAUUUAACGUCCCGGAUUACUUGACACAACCGGAAACACUGGAGCGACUGUGGUUACACCAAAACCAAAUUUCUGAAGUAACGAAUUACAUGCUUGAAGGUUUAACAAAUUUGAAAAUUUUAAACUUGGGCUUUAAUUCGAUUUCGAGGAUUGAACCAAAGACAUUUGAGCAAACCCCCAAAUUAGAAACUUUAGUUUUGACAAAUAAUCAACUGACAGUCAUGGAUGGAGCAAUGUUGCCAACGACAGGGUUACAAAACUUGAAAAUUUUGUACAUGGAUCAUAACCGAUUGAUGUUUUUGUCGUCGAAUUUCUUGUUUCGUUUGAAUUCGUUGAAGUUGAUGUCGAUUGGAGGGAAUCCGUGGCAAUGUCCGUGUCUGGAUUUGGUGUUAAGGUGGUUGCAUGACAACGAUGUGAGGUUAAAAUGUGAUAAGGAUUUUUUUGGAGGGAAAAGACCGGUUUGUGUGGUGCCUUUGAGGAGGAAUAGUGACGUUUGUGUGUAUUCUUAUGACGAAAAGAGUUACGAUUUGUUUGAAACUGCAUACAAUAUGUAUCCUCCCGUAGAUUAUUGUGUACUUUAGUAGUUUCGUCACAAUAAAACAGAUAAAUUGUGUAGUA